AUGACACUUUGGCUUUCUUUAGCUAAACUUUUGUUGUUUUUUAGUUUGUUCGCUGGUCAAACUGAUGGGUUAAAGUGAGGACUAACUACCAUAAUGAAUAACUGUCUUACAAAUAACAUAUGAAAUCUUAUAUUUGUUAGUUAAUAAUAUUUUUGCAAAAUGCCCAUGAACGUAUUUUACCAAAAAACUUUUUUCAGAUGCUUCCAAUGUGGGUACGGUCUUCAAGCCGACCUCGAGAAGUUUGCUUAUCUUUUUGGAGUUCAAAACAUUUCUCCAUCUUUACAGCAAGCUUCUACUGGUGAAGAAGACCAAUGGUGUGGUAGUAAAGAAACCUUAUCUCAUAAUGAAAGUCUUAUAGAAUGCCCAGGAGCAUGCGCUUUCUUUACUGUAUCAGACGGAAUGACUUUUAUCGCCGGUUGUGCUAAUACUAUCGGUGGGGAAAUGACUUAUGUAGGUACUAUAAUAUGUUUUAACAAGGCUUAAAAGAAGAUCCUUAAACCUGGUCUAGCGCAGGAACAAAAUAAUGGAGCCUGGCCCCUUUACAGCUCUAAUUUGAAAAAGGUUUAAAUUUCGAAUUUUGUUUUAGAUCGACGCAAAAGUGCUAGAACGCCGCCGUAACGAAUACCAGUUUGUUGUUUGUACUGCUAAUGGCUGUAACGCUUCUCCAGGUAGGAACAGUAUAUUUUAAAUUUAUUCCAAAAACCUUUUUAAAAGGUCCUAGAGUUGAAAAAAGGGUUUUCUUUAAAGUUUUGUCAAAAAUUCAACACUUAAAACACAAUGCCAAAAAAUUAAAUUUUUCGUGGUGAGAACCAUAUUGACCUCUAAAAGGGCGAUCGAUACUAUGCAUACAUCUACCCCUUUCAAGCCUGAACCCAUAUAAAAAUCCAGGUUAAGGUUUUCAAAGCGAAAACUUGUAAAAUCGUAAAUUACAGUAGUAAAACAAUGAUUACCCAAGACUAUUUCAGAAGCCGCAGAGCAAUCCAAAAAGAAUCCAAAACAAAAUUUGCUAAAAUACGACAAAGGCAUAAAAGAGAGUCCAUUGAACAAAACGCCAAAACUACGUCAAGAAGACGUUCCUCAAGAUGAAUCAGCUGUUGGUCUACAUCAACCAUCAGUUCUUUUUACAACAAUUAUUGUUGUUCUUUGUAAAUUCAUGUAA